UUUUGGUAUUAAUGCUAUUUUUUAGGCUAUAGUUUAAUUGGGCUUUUUGAUUGGCCAAAGGGCUGAUUUUGUUAAACAGAUCUGGCAACCCUGUUAAGACAGCAGUCCUUAUUGACUUUCAGCAGUAGUGAUACUAUACUAAACCCUUCUGCUAUCACUAUUUAAUUUCAAGCAUUACUCGGUCAAAUUGACCAUAUCACAGCUCAAAGUCACAUUUUGUUGUGUAUGAUUUAGUCUGUUUGGUGACAGUGAAAGCCUUUAUCACUGGCAUCUCAUGAAGUUUUAGGCUGAAAAGGUGCCACUAAAUGAAUCUCUGUUAGAGGGUAAGGGGUCAAACUGUCCUGCAACUGCUCUUAUUGAGUGAUGUGCUCUUGCAGUUGUACUACUAUGCAGCCAUGCUGGCGGAUGUGCUGUUGCGGGUCUCCUGGGCUAUAAAUAUCCUCCUGGCUCAGAUGAAGGAUUCAUCUGCGGCUGCCACUGCAAGUGCCCUGCUGGCACCACUGGAAGUCCUCAGGCGUUGUAUUUGGAAUCUCUUUCGGCUAGAGAACGAGCAGCUGAAAAACUGUGAGAAAUGUUGCGCUGUUCGUGAUUUCUGGAACAUCUGGAGGCAUCUGGAAAAGGAUCAGAAUGUGAUGUAUAAAGACCAUCACAAAAUCACCACACAUCGCACAAUAUGCUGUUUACCUUUCCCAAAUCAGAGGGUAAAGGAGACAAAACUGCCUGCUGGGGGAACAGAUGCAGAGAUUCGUCCAUGUAUUUAAGGAAGAAAAUCUAUCUGUAUGGAA